CACAAACAGCCGUCCACAGCCCAGAGGGAGUCCCGUGAGACAGGACGGAGACAUCAUGUCAUCGGGAUCAAGACAGGUCAAAUUCAGAGUCACGGUGCGUGAUCCACGUACAUCCAUCCAUCCGUUUUAUGUUCGUCCACAUCUGUCCAGCAGUGUCCUCCAGCUGGACCCCGAGGUGUUCCCAGACCGGAUGAGACCUGGAGGUCUCCUCCCAGCUGGACGUGCCCCGAAGCCUGUAAACAGCCUCUGUCCUCAACCUGCUGAGCAGCAGACAGACUCAGAGCAGCUGCUGAACAUGCACAGUUUGCCUGGAUGUUGUCUUCAGGGGCCCCUCUCGGUCCCUCGGCCCCCCCUGACAUUAUCUGCGUUCCUGCUGAGAUGAAGUGAAACCUGCAGCUGCCUGGAAGGAAGGAGGGGAGGAAGGAAGGAAGGAAGGAGGGAAGUCUGCAGCAAGUGAUGGAUGGAUGAUGUGGAAAAUGAUCAGCAGUGACGUGAAGACAGAAGGUCAGUUAUAUAGUCAGUCCAUCAGCAGCCGAGGGGAGAAGAGGAAGCUUCGCUUGUCCAGACAGAAGAGAGAGAGGGAGGCGGAGGUGAAGCAAACAAGAUGGACAGAGAUAGGAGAAUAAAAGACAUGGCAUGGCUCCGUCAGAGUCGAGGUUCUCCCAGACUCGUCCUGGUUGUGGUGUGUGUCGCUCUGCUGCUCGACAACAUGCUGCUCACUGUGGUCGUGCCGAUCAUCCCAACGUUCCUCUACGCCAUGGAGCAUCCCAGCCCAGAACCCCAGACCGCCCUGCCCUCGCUGCUCCCUCUUCCCAGUCAUGUGGCCUCACAGCCCCCCUCCCUCGGGUCAGACCUCCAGGCCUCCAGCCGGACGUCGCAGCCCUCUCAGCUCCCUCUGCCCAGCCACAGCACGCCGGUCCUGGGCACGCAGUCGGAGCAGAGCCCCCGGGCGUCUCCCCCCACGUUCUCUCCCCUGGUGUCUCUGUUUGACAACACGACCUUCAGCCUGCAGGAGAUCCGGACUGAGCCGACCCCUGACCCCACGCCGACAGACCAGACCAGUGUGACCACAGACCUGCACAUCAACGAGACCACAACCGCUGCAGAGUCCUCCUGUCUUCAGGACAGUGUAUUUCUGGAGGAGGAAAAUGUUCGUGUUGGUUUGUUGUUUGCCUCCAAAGCUGUGGUCCAGCUGUUGGUGAACCCCUUCGUGGGUCCGCUCACCAACAGGAUCGGGUAUCACAUCCCCAUGUUCGCUGGGUUCAUCAUCAUGUUCGUGUCCACCAUCAUGUUUGCGUUCUCAGGGACCUACGCUCUGCUGUUCUUCGCUCGCUCUCUGCAGGGAAUCGGCUCGUCCUUCUCCUCUGUGGCAGGUCUGGGUAUGUUGGCUAGUGUGUACACAGAUGACGAGGAGAGAGGCAUCGCCAUGGGCAUCGCACUGGGAGGACUGGCUAUGGGAGUCCUGAUCGGAGCUCCAUUUGGCAGCGUGAUGUACGACUUCGUGGGGAAGAGCGCCCCCUUCCUGAUCCUGGCCUUCCUGGCUGUGUUUGACGGAGUGUUGCAGCUGUGCAUCCUGCAGCCUUCAAAGAUCUCUCCUGGGAGUGUGGAGGAGACGCCGUUACUGACCCUGUUAAAAGAUCCAUACAUCCUCAUCAGUGCAGGUUCUCUGUGUUUCGCCAACAUGGGCGUCGCCAUCCUGGAGCCGACCCUGCCCAUCUGGAUGAUGCAGACUAUGUGCUCCCCUAAAUGGCAACUUGGUAUGGCCUUCCUCCCUGCCAGCAUCUCCUACCUGAUAGGAACAAACUUGUUUGGUGUCCUGGCCAAUAAGAUGGGACGGUGGCUCUGCUCCAUGUUAGGGAUGUUCAUCGUUGGCAUCAGUCUGCUGUGUGUUCCUUUUGCCACCAGUAUUUAUGGUCUAAUUGGACCAAAUGGAGGUCUGGGCUUUGCUAUAGGGAUGGUGGACUCCUCCAUGAUGGCCAUCAUGGGUUACCUGGUCGACAUCCGUCACACCUCCGUGUACGGCAGUGUCUACGCCAUCGCUGAUGUGGCACUGUGUAUGGGCUUCGCUAUCGGUCCAUCCACAGGCGGCGCUCUGGUCCAGGCGGUGGGUUUUCCUUGUCUCAUGGUGUUUAUCGGGGUGAUCAACAUCCUGUACGCCCCGCUCUGCUUCCUGCUGCGUAACCCUGCGGUCCGAGAGGAGAAAAUGGCGAUCAUCGACCAGGAGUGUGUGAUGCACAGGAAAAGCUACAACACACAGAAGGAGAGUCGUGAGUUUCCUCUGAGCGACUACAGUGAAGAAGAGGAGACGGAGGAGUGACGCACACACGGACACACACACCUGCCCAUGUUGUUGAUGUUGUCUCUGUGUUUUACCUUCAUCAUCAGACUUCCUUCCGUCACACAUUCAGAGCAGAGCAGGCGUCGGACGGUUCUUAAAGGGACAGUGUCGACAUUAAAACACAGCUUUAAUUUCCACGUUUUACAGAGUUGUGAAGUAGGAGGAACUGUUUCUGUCUCAUUCAUUCUUCUCAUAGACCAAGUUAGUGACUCACAGUUUGGAUCAGCAUGAAACACACACACACACACACACACAGGACAGCACUGCUAACGUUACCCUGGUUCUUCUGAACAUAUGAUCAGCUGCUAAAUACCUGGUUCUUUGAUGUAAAGUCAAAGGUAGAAGCAUGAAUGGGCCCUGAGGGUCAGGGGCCCCGGGCAUUCACCUGCAAAACGUCACUGAAAGAGACAUGUCCUGCUACAAAGAGACAUGAAACAACUACACAGAGAUACAAAGCAACAACCAAGACAACAAGGAGACAGAGGGAACUACAGAAAUAUCUGCAGACAACCAGACGUAACCUUCAUCCUCAAAGUCUUUUCUCUUGUAAAAAUACAAAAAAAUACAGUUUGAAAAGAAAUACCAAGACCGACACACCUGUUGGAAUUAUUGCUUUGAUUUAGCAAAUGGUUAGUUGGGCAGAAUUUGGUGUUUAUAUGGAUCACCCCUAUUUUUGUAAAGUUAAUCAAAUUUUCCUUUAGUGGCAAAAUUCACAAACCUUUGAACCUUUGUAUUUCAGCUAAAACUCUAAGAAUGGCUUUGGGAUGAAGGUUAGUUUUAAGUCUUUCUUCUGCCUGAAUCUGUCAUUAUAUCAGAAGGUAAGAACUUAAAAUUAGGAAGUUGUUUCAGGUGAAAAAUACAAAAAUAAUUUGUUUCCUCUGAGGUGUACGGUUCAAAUCCCUUCGUUAUUUUAAGGGAGCGUGGGAUUGAUGGAGAGAAUUCUGUGUGAAUGUGAGUUUAUUUUAAGGAACGUGUUCUUUCAUCUUCAUUAACUCUUCAGUCUGAAACCAAAGUGUUGAGAUGUGAAGCUGUACCUGACUCUGUGUCUGACCUCUGACCUGUGUCGCCAUUAAAACUGCUGUAACCUUGA